UGGAACUUCACCUCCAAGCGAACGCACAAAAGGAUCGAACUGCACGAAAUUACUGUAGCUUGCAUCCCCAAACAACCAAGGCCCCGUUUGCCUCGCAGUGCUCCGCCCUUGUUGCGGGAUCUCUAGGUACCCGAGGCGGAAACUUUCAGCAGCUCCGCCUCAGAAGCAGCUGCCGGUUGCCUUGACAGGCCCGCCUCGGGACUUAAGAAGGGACUCAGGUUGGCCUAAGAACGGGUGGGCCCUGUGCUUUCCUUUAGGCGAGUGGGAACAACCCGGCAUGAACAAAUCGGAGAUGGCGGACGAGGCGCUCUUCUUGCUGUUGCACAACGAGAUGGUAUCUGGAUUGUACCGCGCCGCCGAGCAGGGCGAUGGGGAAAAUGGACGAUGCAUCACAAAACUGGAAAACAUGGGGUUUAGAGUAGGACAGGGAUUAAUAGAAAGGUUUACCAAAGAUACUGCCAGAUUCAAGGAUGAAUUGGAUAUAAUGAAAUUUAUCUGCAAAGAUUUUUGGACUACUGUAUUCAAAAAGCAAAUUGAUAACCUCAGGACCAACCAUCAGGGCAUCUAUGUACUACAGGACAACAAAUUCCGUCUCCUGACUCAAAUGUCUGCUGGAAAACAAUAUUUGGAGCAUGCUCCUAAGGAUGGCUGGAACCACUCCCUCCCACAACGAUGUAUUGAUCACACCCUGGAUCACUUGGUCAAGCCCCUUGGCAAGCUUUAAUAAGCCAAGAAGGGCAAGAGUCGAGAGGACACGUUACUGGCCACAUCAUCACAAGCGCCUUGUCGACAUCAUCAGGCUGCAUCAACUGAAACUGUUCCCAAGAAGUUGGGACCUCACUCGGGACUACAGUAGAAGUGGAUGGGGCCUCAAGAUUGCUACGGAGGUGAGCAACUUUAACCUCAAAGUGCCUUGCAAACAAUUCACAAUGGUCCUCCAAAGGGUCUAAAAUUCCAUUUCCUGGAGUUGAUGUCAACAGACCCCUGACAAUAUGGAAAAGCUCCACUGGACAGCUACUUGAGGAUGCGAUGGACAUUCUUCACUGCCCUCACCACCACACAGUAGGCACGGUUAUGAUGUUUUACUCAUGUCCGAUCAGCCUCACAGCACAUCUUUCGCAACUUGUGCUCUAGCUGCUGUCCAGCCUGUUUCAUUGCCCUUAACUCACUGGUGUAUGCAGGUGCAAACCGGGCUCCACAAUGCCAGAGGUGUGUGCUCGGGCAACCGUGUCAAGAGCCCAACACGCCUCGCUGUUCCACAGUGUGACAAGGGCUUCAACAGGUUCACCUGCUCUAUCUACUGGGAACUCCCCCAGGGCAAUCAGGAAUCCAGUGGAUUCCAUUAGUUCCAUGGGCGGACCAUCUUAAUCUGUCUACCACCCCUGCAGAGGAGGAUUGGAGCUAUAAGUCUAAACUUCACCAGGAAGUGGUCUGACCAUGACAAUGGGGUGACAUCCCCCCAUCUCCAGACCACCUCUUCCUUCAUCUGGAGCAAAAGCCAAGUUGACGGUGUGCCCUGCCCUAUGUGUCAGGCCGGUGACAACUCGAGACAGCCCCAUGGUCGUCAUGGAGACCAUGAAGUCCCAAGCCAGAACACUAGAGGCAGCCUCAGCAUGGACACUGAAAUCACCCAGGACUAGAGUUCUGGACUCAUAGAAUCAUAUCAUAGAAUAGUAGAGUUGGAAGGGGCCUAUAAGGCCAUCAAGUCCAACCCCCUGCUCAAUGCAGGAAUCCAAAUCAAAGCAUUCCCGACAGAUGGCUGUCCAGCUGCCUCUUGAAUGCCUCCAGUGUCGGAGAGCCCACUACCUCUCUAGGUAAUUGGUUCCAUUGUUGUAUGGCCCUAACAGUUAGGAGGUUUUUCCUGAUGUCCAGUUGAAAUCUGGCUUCCUGCAACUUGAGCCCAUUAUUCCAUGUCCUGCACUCUGGGAUGAUGGAGAAGAGAUCCUGGCCCUCCUCUGUGUGACAACCUUUCAUGUACUUGAAGAGUGCUAUCAUAUCUCCCCUCAGUCUUCUCUCCUCCUUCUCUCCUCUAAUACCACAGCCAAGAUGGCCUCUCCCAGCUCAGUCAGAGGAGCUGCUGGGCAGCAGGGUGGACAGUACACCAGCAACAACCCUAGUUUACUGUCUCUUUGGCCUGACACCAGGUGCAGGCCCUCACAGCAAGCACGAAGACAGAGUGGUUUCAUGGUGACAGAGAUCGAAGUUCUGUAGACCACAGCAACUCCUCCCCCCCCAUCCCUGCAGCCUGUGCUGGUGUUGCACUGAGUAUCUAGGUGGGCAAUGCUGGGUCAGAUCAGCUCCUCCCAGCUCAUCCACCCAGGUCUCGGCAAUGCAUAAUUACUCGGCACCUUCAGCCACGAUCAAAUCAUGGAUGAGAGUGGUCUUAUUGUGUACCAAUCUGGUGUUAAACAACAACACAGAGAAGCCAGUGGGCACAGCAGAUGAACGAGGGACCCAUCCAUGAGAGGAAUGGGAGUAAGGAACAAGGCGUAGAUAGCCUUGCCCUCAUCUUCUAUGGUAGUUCACCACCUCCCCAUGGUAAUACUUCCCUCUACCCAUGAUCACUAAAAUUGGGGUGGCAUCACCCAUGUUCCUCCUUACUAAGACUACUCCUAAACACCUGAUAUGGAUGCAACAAGAGCCCACCAACAAAACCUACCUGAAGCAAUUAUCCUGGUAGGCCUCCAAGAGAAUUGGGAACAGUCAGACCCACUCAAUAUCUUUCACACAGGGCACAACUACUCCCCCCCCAUCUCACACCCAGGGAGGCCACCCUUCUGCCAGUUGCAGACUCUCUGAAGGCAUCUGGUGACUUUCUCCUAAUUUAGUUCACUGCACAGGCUCUUGCCCUGUGCAGGAACUACAUAUGCACCAUAUGCCCUCCCCACUACCAAUCUCCUCUAGAUUGGUUAAAAAAAGAGAAAGAAAUAGAAGGGGUAGCGCCCUCACUCUCGGGACUCCCCAAGGGGCAACCCUGCUGGCGGCAGACCCGCCGCCCAAGUGCAGCCAAGCUUUCAUACCCCCUGACCCAGCCAGGAGCUGAUGCAAGAGGCUGCAAGAUUAACUGCAGCCUCACUCUGGAGCAAGGGUCAGGCAGAGGGUCCCAGUCCUUGCAGCACUUACCAGAGCUGUCUCAGGAGACAGCAACCCAGAGGAGUGAGCAAGCAAGCACCCACCCAGAUGCUUGGGUACUCACUCCCAGGGCAGGUCUUUUCCAGUCCCCCAGUGCUGCAGCUGUUAGUUAGAUUAAAUAAAUUGUACUCUAGUUGUCAGUUCCACAUCGGUAUACAUGCUAGUAUUGUAGAACUAUUCUCAAGAGAUUUUUGCUUAUGAGCUUUCUGUCCCGGCUUCCUUUAUGGAGGUGUAUUCAAGUUGUUGUGGACAGGGUCACACUCCCCCCUAAAGAAUAUGGGUCACAGCGUGGAGUGUUGAUUCUGUUUUUUUCACUGGAGGAAGACCCAAGUGGCCUCCAUGACAUUUCAUCCUUUCCACCAGCUACGACUGGUACACCAGUUCCAUCCCUUUCUGGGCAGAUCACCUGGCCACAGUUACCCAUGUUCUUGUAACCUCUAGAACAGACUGUUAGCCUACAUAAUGAGUUUUUAAUUUUAAAGAGUCCUCAGCAUGAGUUUAAAGAACUUUUGAGAGUGUAAUGCAAGAGCAAGUAUAACUGUAAAAUAUUAGCCUGCCGUUU